AUGAUUAUGGCAUAUUCUUAUUUCAGCGAUGUUGUUUCAUUUGAUACUACCUGUAAGAAAAAUAAAGAAGGUCGACCUUUUUCUAUGUUUCUUGAGGUGAAUCAUCAUAAGCGAACUACUAUUUUUGGAGCUGCACUACUUUAUGAUGAAACUGCUGAAUCAUUCAUGUGGUUAUUUGAUACAUUUGCUAAUACAAUGUCUGGAAAAAAACUAAAAACUAUCCUUACGGAUCAAGAUGCGGCAACGGCAAAAGCACUAGCUGUUAAAUGGCCAGAAACACAUCAUCGUCUAUAUGAAGAAGCAUUUUUACAAGCUUGGAAUGAGAUGCUCCAGAAGUAUAAUCUUGAAGAUAAUGAUUGGUUGAGGCGUAUGUUUGCUGUGAAAGAAAAAUGGGCUUUGGUAUACAGUAAAGAGACUUUUUGUGCAGAGAUGACAACUACUCAAAGGCUUAUAAAUGAUUGUCGUUAUGAAGAGCCACAAGAUGAUUUCAGAACAUCUCAGAGUAACUUGUCAUUGUCAUUUCUUGCUGAAAUACUGAAACAUGCAACAAAGAUAUACAUACCAACGAUAUUCAAAUUGUUUCAAGUUGAGCUAUGCAAUGCUUAUGAUUGUGCUUUGCAUAUUUGUGAUGAAAAGACAAUAUCGACAAAAUACAAAGUUACUCCUCAUGGAAAGUCAAUUGAUUAUACGGUUGAAUAUUUUUUUGUUGAUUGCACACUUGUGUGCACUUGUAAGAAGUUUGAGUUUGCAGGAAUUUUAUGCGCACAUGCUUUGAAAGCUCUUUCUACAAAGAAUAUUUCAAAAAUACCUGAUAGAUAUGUAUUACAAAGGUGGACAAAACAUGCAAAGGUUGGAAUCAAAGUAAACACAUUGAAGUCUAUCAAUUCUGAGGACCCUAAGGCUAGAUUGGGAUUGCGCUACAAAGACUUGUGUAGAAGGCAAACACAAGUAUCGACAAAGGCAGCAGAAUAUGAAGAAACAUAUAUAAUUGCUUUAAAUAGUUUCAAUAAAAUUAUGGAGGAUGUAGAUGCAUUCUUAAGACAAAAAGAAACUAAUAAAAUUCCUAGCUCCAGCAACUCAAAUGUUAAAAUAUUGGCUUAUGAUGGGCUUACUAUCAAUAGAGAUGAAAAGAACAUUAAGGGUGUCAAAUUUAAGGAAAAAGUUUGUGGCAAAUCUACUAGGCCUAAAAGUGCUCUGGAGAAAGCUAGAAAAAAUAAAAAAAUAAUUCAAGAGAAUACAUCCCCUGAAAAGGUUCCUUCCAAUAAUACAAAUGCUCAAUCUGGUGAUAAUAUUUCUUUUCGCGAACAAAAUUUGUCAAGCUCAUUGUUCUAUAUGCCACAAAUAUCAUCAAACGCUAGUCAGAUUCAAAGUAAAUCUGGAGAUCAAAAUAAUCAAACAAGCAUGAUUGAACUUAUGCAACAGGUUCACUCGUUACCAACAAAUCAUCAUGUUCUGUUUGGAGAUUUUAAAAAAUAA